UUGCUUUCUGUCUUUCUCUGUUCCUGAAUGCAGUAUCAAACAUGAACGGCAUGAUUCUUCAGCUAAGCCGCAGCCUUAACCGCACUGCGCCGCUUCUCCUGAGGGGUGUCCAUACCCGUACACGACCCUCCGUCGCAUCCAAGCUAACCUCAGAGGAAAUUUUUGCCCGCGAGGAGAAGCAUGGAGCGCACAACUACCAUCCUCUCCCUGUGGCCUUGGAGCGAGGCGAGGGAAUUUAUGUGUGGGAUGUGGAAGGAAACCGGUACUAUGACUUCCUCAGUGCUUACAGCGCUGUAAAUCAGGGUCACUGCCACCCUAAAAUUGUCGGCGCUCUUAUCGAGCAGGCAUCUAGGCUCGCUUUGACUUCCAGAGCCUUCUACAAUGAUGUUCUGGGAGCCUACGAGGAGUACAUCACCAACAUGUUUGGAUAUGACAAAGUUUUACCCAUGAAUACAGGGGUUGAAGGUGGUGAGACGGCCUGUAAGCUUGCCAGGAAGUGGGCCUACAAUGUGAAGGGGGUUCCAGACAAUAAGGCCAAGAUCAUUUUUGCAGAGGGGAACUUUUGGGGUCGCACCAUGGCCGCCAUCUCCAGCUCCACUGAUCCUAGUAGCUAUAAGGGUUUUGGUCCAUACAUGCCUGGCUUUGAGCUCGUCCCGUUUAAUGAUAUCCCUGCACUGGAGAAAGCCCUUCAGGACCAAAAUGUUGCUGCUUUCAUGGUUGAACCUAUCCAAGGAGAAGCAGGAGUCGUUGUACCCGAUCAGGGCUACCUGACUAAAGUCAGAGAACUUUGCACAAAAUACAAUGUUCUGUGGAUCGCUGAUGAGGUGCAGACAGGCCUGGCACGGACCGGUCGACGGCUGGCUGUAGACCACGAAGCCGUUCGCCCUGACUUGGUGGUUUUGGGCAAAGCUCUCUCUGGAGGAGUUUAUCCUGUGUCUGCUGUGCUCUGUGAUAACGAGGUGAUGCUGACUAUUAAGCCUGGGGAACAUGGAUCCACGUACGGAGGGAACCCUGUGGCUUGUCGUGUUGCUAUUGCAGCUCUGGAGGUGAUGGAGGAAGAGAAGCUUGCAGAAAAUGCUGAAAGGAUGGGAGAGCUUUUAAGGUCUGAGUUGAGAAAACUGCCCAAAGACAUUGUGACAACCGUCAGAGGAAAAGGCCUCCUCAAUGCUAUUGUGAUUAAAGAGACUAAAGAUUAUGAUGCCUGGAAGGUUUGCUUGCGCCUGCGGGACAACGGACUCCUGGCUAAGCCCACUCAUGGGGACAUCAUCCGACUGGCCCCGCCUCUGGUCAUCAAGGAGCAUGAGCUUCUUGAAUGCGCCGAUAUCAUCCAGAGAACCAUCAUGUCCUUCUAAAAAAGGAGGUCCAAACCUCCUGGAGCUGAGGAAUGUCACCCUGAAUGUUUAGUUGCUUUUAUCCACAUUUUAUUUGUACUUCCAGGACUCUUUUCAGGCUUUGAGGAAAAACUUCAGUAGGACUAGGAUGAAACACUGACACUUUGGAAGAGAAACUGCUGUAAAAGAGGUGACAGUUUGGUUUCCUAAGGAAAGGAUGUAGAAAGGUCUUACAUUUUUGCUGUGCUUAGUUUACAUUUUUUGAUCUUAACUGUAAUAAUUCAUGUGUAUGUUUAGAAACCUUGUUUAAAAUGUAGGAACAGUAUUACUGCUGAUGAAGCUGUGGUCUGAUUAAAACAGAAUGGAUCCCCUAUAAGACGAAGAAGACCCAGUCAGGUCAAACCAUCAGCCUUCCUAGACAAUCGGUCUGUUAUAUUUAUUAGUGUUUAUAAUCUGUUUCCUUCUGCAGUUCCAACUUUGCUAAAAGCUUAAUCGUCAUUUCAAAGAUUUUCGCUGCUGCAUUUUUUUCAGCUUUCUGCUAAACUGACAUGUGCUGCGAACAACCUUGUUACAUAAGAGGUCAAAAGAUGGAAUAUUUUUAAGUUUUAAUCGUAUUUGAUAAUUGUGCAUUUGCACUCUAACUACCACUUUUGAAAACAAGUUAUUUUUAAUUUAUGAGCUAAUUGACCACAUUUUUUUUAAAGUUUGAUCCAUAGGAGCCGUUGUCACAGAGGAAAACCUGUGGAAAAACGGAGAGCUUUGUUAGGUUUGUUUGUAUGAAGAAAGGUUGCUGCUGUGGGAUAAAUGGAAUCCUUAUUGGAUGGCACAUGAUGCUGGCAGAAGGCUGGCUUACCUUAGACUGUCUGUGUGUUACAUAUGUGAAAAUCGUCUUUUUAAAGAUGCCUGACAUUAUUCCCAAACCUGUUCUUUGAAUAAAUUAUUUCAGCAACA